AUGUCACUGGUCAUGGACGUCUUCCAGAAGUGUUUGGCUAUUGCCAAGGACCCGUGGCAUACCAGAUGGAUCUGUCCACUGCUGCUGCUAGCUGACGCAGGCCUCACAGCCUUGAUCGUGUGGAAAGUUCCAUGUAUGAGAAACCUCGCAGCAGCAAACAAACUUCACAACUCAAAUUCUGAUGUGCUGCAAUUAGACACCGAGAUCGAUUGGACGGCCUAUGUGGAACAAGUCACACAAUAUCUUGCCGGAGAGCGCGACUAUACCAAGAUCCAAGGAGGUACCGGGCCUCUGGUUUACCCUGCGGCCCAUGUCUACAUUUACCAGAUCCUAUAUCGAGUCACCGAUCAAGGAACCGAUAUCCCGUUUGCACAGAUCGUUUUUGGUGUCCUCUACCUCAUGACCCUUGCUGUGGUUAUGGCAUGCUACCGUAAUGCAAAGGUCCGUCAGACUAUCGUCAAGCGCAUGCAUUCCAUCUUUACGCUGCGUUUGUUCAAUGACUGUUUUGCCGUCUUCUUCUUCUUUUUGGCCAUCUACUGCUACCAGAAGCGAUGGUGGAUCGCUGGCUCAGCGAUCUACUCGAUUGGGUUGGGGGUCAAGAUGAGUCUAUUGCUGGCACUACCUUCUGUCGGGAUUGUGCUUCUGCAAGCAAUCGGUGCAAGUGAUGCAAUCGGUCAUGCCUCACUGAUUGUGUUGAUACAGGUUCUGCUUUCGUUGCCAUUCACACUGCACAACCCACAAGCCUACCUCUCAAGAGCAUUCGAGUUCACAAGACAAUUCUUUUUCAAGUGGACGGUCAACUGGCGCUUCGUGGGAGAGGAAACGUUUCUCUCGAAGCGAUUUGCUUUGACGUUGCUGGCUGCUCAUGUGUCUCUACUUGUCCUGUUUGCUACGACCCGCUGGCUGAAGCCUUCAAAGCAAUCACUCCCAGAGAUCAUCGGCUCGAUCUUCAACCCUCCGUCAGAGGCGAAGCAGGCACAGAUCUCGGCAAGAGUGACGCCUAGAUUUAUCCUGACGACCAUUCUCUCGGCCAAUGCGAUUGGCAUGCUGUGCGCAAGAUCGCUCCACUACCAGUUCUAUUCUUGGAUUGUGUGGGCGACGCCUGCCCUUCUCUGGCGUGCGGGCUACCAUCCAAUCCUCCAGUAUGCCCUGUGGGGAGCGCAAGAGUAUGCUUGGAACGUCUUCCCCAGCACCAACUUCAGCUCAAUGGUUGUGGUACAGGUGCUUGCUGCGACGGUGGCGGGUGUAUGGUACGGGGUGAGAAAGGAGACCGCGGAUACUCUGGCAGAGAAGCACCAGCAUGUAGAGUAG